UGAUUAUUUUCAGUGGUUAGGAUAGAGUGUUAUCAGAUAAUCCCAAUUGGUCUCGAGAAUCAGACAAUCGAAAAUGUACUAGUUAUAAAAUCUAAUCAAACAAUAAUUCGGUUCUCGCCCAAUUGGAUUUCUAAUAGCCUGUGUUUCAACGAUUUGAGGUAUGUUCAGUUGUCACAACAAUUGACUCGCAGCAGAUAAUGUUGGUUGGUUCUUGUUUGAUUAACCUUUUGAAAUUCGGAAAAUCAAAGAUCAACUCCUUCCUCAGCAUGUCGACCAAAGUAACACCUUUAGACGAAGUUAGGAAUUGUAUGGGAGAAAUUUUUGUUAAGGGGGUCGAAGCUGUGCUUCCUCGUAACCUUAUAGAGAAUCGACUGAAGCUUGAAGGAGACACGCUGUUUGUUGGAGAACAGAGUUUUCAGCUUCUUCCAAAUGUUUAUUUAAUUGGAUUUGGUAAAGCAGUAAUGAACAUGGUACCAGGGAUUGAAAGAAUACUUGGUACCCGUUUAAAGAAAGGCAUCAUCAGUGUACCAAAGGGUGCCAUGGAGACUAUCUGGAAAGUACAAGACUUUGCAAACUUUCCAAAUCUUCAUGGACCAAUAAAAUAUAGAGAAGGAGCCAAGAACAAUCAGCCGGAUACAGACAGCGUGUCCACUACACAUGACAUUAUGGAUUUAGUAGAGGGACUGCAACAAGGUGAUACUUUAAUUGUAUUAAUAUCUGGCGGUGGUUCAGCUUUACUUUGUAUGCCCAGACCGAUGCUUGAAUUAAAAGAAAAGCAGGCAUUAUGCAAGAGACUUCAGGAUGCUGGUGCAGACAUAAGAGAAUUAAAUAGUGUGAGAAAGCAGUUGUCUAUGGUGAAAGGAGGAGGAUUAGCUCAGUUAGCUUAUCCUGCAUCUGUAAUUAGUUUAAUAUUAUCGGAUAUUGUAGGAGAUCCAAUUGCAGAAAUUGCCAGUGGACCAACUGUAUAUAGUCCUCAAUCACCUGAUGAAAUAACAGGCAUUUUAAAGAAAUAUGGGCUAUUUGAUGAUCUCGAUUGGAAUAUAAAAACUGCUAUUGCAUCUAAGAAUAAUAUAAAUAGCAAAGAUUUGCUGAAUGCAAACCAGCAAUUUAAACAUGUGCAUAAUAUUAUCAUUGGCAACAAUUCUAUUGCAAUAGAAGCAGCAAAGACUGAAUCACUCAAACGAGGUUUUAGUCCAAUUAUACUACGAAAAGAUGUUGAGGGAGAUGUGAGUAAUGUUAGCAUAGCAUAUGUAACUGUGGUAAAUUUGAUAUGCAUGGCGCUGGAAAAAUCUUUAGACAGAGAAUCUUUUUUCACUGCUAUUAAGCAAGUGCCAAUCAUGAGUUUGUCCGAAAAAACUAUUGAUCAUAUCUAUGAUGUUGUUGAGGAUGUUACUGGACAAGGAAUUAUAUUAAUUGGUGGUGGUGAGCCAACUGUAAUAGUACGAGGGAAUGGCGUUGGUGGUCGUAAUCAACAACUCGCACUCCAGUUUUCUUUAGACUGGAUGGCAAAAGUGAAAGAGAACCCACAUCUGACCAAAUAUGAUGUAGUCUUCUUAAGUGGGGGAACUGAUGGGCAGGAUGGCCCUACCGAUGCAGCUGGGGCAUUUGGUUACCCAGCAAUCGCUCCAAUUAUUUAUAAUAUACGGAAUGAAUUACAAGUUCAAGUGCAACAGACAGUGUCAAGAGAGAUGAAUCGGCAAAAUACUAUUGUGAACAAAAGAGUUGAACAAAAUGAAUCCAUUGAUGAUGAAUCAAAUGACAAACAUCAAGAGUCACUUGUACUGAAACUUGAAGUAAUUGAAAAAAUUUUACCUGAGAAUGUCCUAGAUAAUAAUGACGCGUACAAUUUUUAUUCUCGUUUUAAAAAAGGCAAAGAUUUAUUAAAAACCGGGCUUACAGGUACUAAUGUUAUGGACUUACAUAUUAUUUCUAUCACAAAAAGGGGAUGUGCUUGUCGCGUGGAUUUUGAAAUUGAUUCUAAAUGCCCAGAUUCACUCGAUGAACAUAAUUUAGAUGUGGAUUCAGUAGCCAUUAAAACGCAACAAACAGAAACUUAUGAUAUUUCUCAAGAAUCUAAAUUACUAAAUCUAAAAGUCUUGGAUGAUACUUUGGAAGACUCCUGCUGCAACAGGGCGAGGAAAGAGUAAAAAACUUACUUCGUAUCUUUGAAAAGAACCGUUUUAUUUCAGAAAAUAUAUAAUUUAUCAAAUGGAUAUUUACAAUCCCAUCAGGUCACAAGAAGCGUUGACAAAUGAUAUAUUUGGAAUGUAGUUCACAUGAGCACAACUUUACUAGAAGUUGUCGCUGUAGACUACUGACAUAAUAUAGGAAAAUAAAAGCAAUUUGAUUCAG